AUGGAUUCCAACGGUGAAGUCGUUAGCAUUAUAAGUUCUUAUGAGGAUUUCAUGCCUUACUGCAAGUUCCAAAGAGAGGAACAAUACGAUACAUACCAGAUUCCUCUCCAUGGUUUCAAGAUUGCGCAAUUCAAUGUAUGCUUGAAUGACGAGAAAGAGACCAUAAAGAUUGAAGGCCAACGUCCUUUGGAUGGAACCAGAUGGAGUCGUUUCCGCCAAGAAUUCAAAGUGCCUUGUGAUGUUUAUAACACCAAGGAUCUUCAUGCAAGGUUUGGUAAUGGCGUUCUUUCAAUAAGGCUGCCAAAAAAGAAACCUUCAAAUGACGCAUCUGAUUCAGUUGUCAACAAAAGUUUGCUUUUGAGGCUGAAAACUAGUAAAAUGGCGAUCCUGAGAAUUGCAGUAGCUGUUGUUGUGGGCGUGGCUGUUGGAGGUUACGUAAUCUUCAAAUGCUUGCCAUCUAAGCACGCUAUUGAGAAGCACUAA